AAUUGCCCAAUAUUUCAUUGAUGAUGACAAUAUAUUUUUAGAGAAGAAAAGGACCUUCAAAUCAAAACCCAAAAUCAAAAUAAUCAAAAAUCGAAACUUUGAGGAAAACCCAAAGUAAAAGUAAAAGAGAGGAUUUUUGAUACAGUUAUAAGUGAAUGAGUAAGAAUCAUGUGAUCCACCUCUAAAAAGAGCCUUAAUAAAUUUGUCCACCAGCAAGCCAAACCAACCCUUUUGUUAUUUUUUUGUAUUUUGAUUCUCUAGUUUCCUCAAAAGUACCAAGACUACUAGUAAUAUUUAGCUUUCUUUCUUCUUAGUUUUCAAUUUGGUUGUUUUUUCAUCAAUGGCUGCAAGUGCUUCCAGGUUCAUCAAGUGUGUGACAGUAGGAGAUGGUGCUGUAGGCAAAACCUGCAUGCUUAUUUGCUACACUAGUAACAAGUUUCCUACUGAUUAUAUACCCACUGUGUUUGACAACUUCAGUGCAAAUGUUGUAGUUGAAGGAACCACUGUCAACUUAGGCCUCUGGGACACAGCUGGACAAGAAGACUAUAACAGAUUAAGGCCCUUGAGCUACAGAGGGGCUGAUGUCUUUGUGUUGGCUUUCUCCCUAGUAAGUCGGGCGAGCUAUGAGAAUGUUCUUAAGAAGUGGGUUCCUGAGCUUCAGCAUUAUGCUCCAGGAGUUCCAAUAGUACUGGUCGGUACCAAAUUGGAUCUACGCGAGGAUAAACAUUAUUUGGCUGAUCAUCCUGGAUUGACACCUGUAACUACCACACAGGGAGAGGAACUCCGCAAACAGAUUGGUGCAGCAUAUUAUGUCGAAUGCAGCUCAAAAACUCAACAGAAUGUGAAAGCUGUUUUUGAUGCUUCUAUCAAGGUGGUAAUAAAACCAGCACCAAAACAAAAAGAGAAAAAGAAAAAGCCAAGUCGAGGAUGCCUACUAAAUGUCUUCUGUGGGAGGAGGCUUGUGUGUCUAAGAUGAAGUACAUCCUCGACAGAGAAUUUUCAUUUGCAUGUUUCAGCUGGGCAAAUAUAUUACUGAAGGAUUCUUUGAGCCUGUCUGGCUCCUGUGAUUUUGAUUUAUGAAAGCAAUGUUUUUUCCAAUUGCAGUGCAACUUCUGAUGAAUGUCACGCCCUCCGUGGCAGUUCACAGUUUCUAAUUUUUAUGUUAUACUAACAGUUGGAAAAGUUUAUUUUGCUUAUCCUUGUAUAAUACUAGCCUACAUGUAUGUAUUUGAUUUUUGAAGCUCAGACACCAAUUUCACAA